GUUACAUUUGUACAUCGCCUGAAAUAAGUUAAUGUAUUAUUCUCAUAGUCAUCCGAUCUAUCCGUCAUUCAUCUUUUAAUAUUUGAUUUUUUCGUCAUUUACAUUUCAGUUCAGAUAAUAUAAUAUUUUAUUUCCUUAUUAAUACUAAAAACGGUUAAAUAAAAUUUUUAUAAGUGUUUUAAAAACGCUACUGUACUCAUUGAAUUCAUCAUGGCCAACUACACAGCACUCGGCUCCAUUAUCCUACCCAAUAUUGGAGGCUUCGCAAAUGGCAUAUACUUUGCUGGUCAAAUCUGCAAGGGAACAGAGAAGACUUGGUAUGACAAUUUAAAGAAACCUAGUUGGACGGCACCAAAAUGUGCCUUUGGACCUGCCUGGACUGUCCUCUACAGUAGUAUAGGAUAUGCAUCAUAUUUAGUCUGGGAAGAGUGUGCAGAUGAACCUGAACGCGCAAUAGUACCUUUAUCUCUAUACGGUGGGCAACUGAUUCUCAAUUGGGCGUGGACACCCAUCUUCUUUGGAUUGAAGGACUUAAAGUUGGCCUUUAUCGAGUUGUCGGUACUGUCCGGAGCAGCUGCAGCCACCGCGAUAUCUUUCGCCCGCGUGAAUAGGACUGCAGGCUGGCUGUUUGUUCCAUACCUUGCUUGGCUCGGAUACGCAUCUUCCAUCUCUUACUACGUGUGGAAGAACAAUCCCCAAGUUAAGGAGAUCAAGGAUGAUGAGAAAACCCAGUAGAGGCACCGCGGCGGUGAGGUCGCUUUAAAUGUAUUGCAUAAUGUGUUCUUUCCUAUUAGUCUUACAAACGAUUUCUGAUUUAAAAAUUGUUAAAUUAUCAACCUCCUAACCUAACUGACGUAACGUAAUACUUUUUAUAGGUAUUUAAUACAUAAUUGAUAUGAGACUUUAUUUGUUUUUUUUAUCAAUUUGUGUUCAAUAUCAAUUUCGAUUCAAUGAAUAUUACCCAAUAAUUGUUAAAUCAGAAAUUGUACUUUACUGUCUAUAAGCAGGCCUUGAUAGGUACUAGUCUAUUGUUGGUGAAAAAAUAAAAAAAUUAUAGCACAUUAUAGUAAUAACUGUAUUUAACAAGCUCUGUUUUUCUUUAAAAUCGUUAUUUUUUCUGUGACUUGUUGGCAACAUACAUAUUUUGCUUCGUUUACAAUAUCAAGUCACCAAAAAUUAGAAGUACAGUGUACUUAUGUACUGGAUAAUUUAUUGUUAGAAAGUUCAAGUGCUCAAAGGAUAAUAAUAUCAAUUGGUAUUAAAAAACAUUACAAAUGGGAACAUUAUAUUUAAUGUGUGUAUUACAACUUCUAUAUAAUAUUA